AUGAGAGGAAAAGUAGUUUUUUCAGAACCCCAAUUUGUCGGCUCAUUUGAUGUUGGAGAGCAUGUGUACUUCUUCUUCCGCGAAAUUGCCAUAGAAAGUGGUGGGUUGGAACGAAAUGUCUACAGUCGAGUGGCUAGGGUCUGUAAGAAAGACAUCGGUGGACGAGUUGUCUUGCGCCAGGUGUGGACAUCUUUCUUAAAAGCUCGUCUGAAUUGCUCAAUAUCAGCUCAGUAUCCAUACUACUUUGACAGGAUCCAAGCCGUGACUAGAGUUGAAACAUCCGAUGACACCCUUUUCUAUGCGACGAUGAGUACUUCAGAAACAGCAUUUGUAACUUCAGCUGUUUGUGUGUUCUCAUUCAAACAUAUCAACCAGCUCUUCCAUCAUGGUUUCUUCCUUGAUCCUACUAGUCCUACAUGGUUGCCACUGCCUGCCGAUGCAGUUCCUGAACACAGGCCUGGAACGUGCGUCCCAAAUUCACAUACACUUUCCGAUUCCGACCUGCAUUUUGCAAAAUCGCAUUUAAUGAUGGCUGAGCCAGUGUCAGGAGGUGUGCCAAUUUUACCUACACGUGACGUGAUAUUCACUCACAUUGCUGUUGACGUAAGGAGUGAACAAAACGUGAUUUUUGCUCUAGAUGGGAGGACCAGUACAUUGUGGAAAGUUUCACACUGGCGUGAAGGAAAUUCCUGGAAAUGGACAGAACUCGAAAAAAGAAAUCUAAUCGCUGGAGGACCAAUCAAAGCGAUGGCCCUGUUACCUGGAGAAUUCCUCUACUUUGCCUCACGUUCGGCUGUAAGUCAGUUUACCCUAGCCGGUUGCUCAAAUUACCCAUCAUGUGCCCUAUGCGCCAUAGAUCCAUACUGUAGCUGGAAUGUGGCCAGAUCAACCUGUUACCCUCGGGAAAAAGCCCAUGGGCAAAGUGGAUCUCGUCCUGGGCUGGGCGGGGCUCAUCCGAAUGCUCAGCUUCGGCCAAACCGCGUACCCAGUCGGCAUACCCAGGAGAUACCGUACACUUCCAGGGAACACCCACAGGUGUCUGGAGACGAGAUGGGAAUGAGUAAGAGAUUUUCUCACUAUCUUUCCUGCACAGUGGAAAGCCACGCCCCUUAUACAAGCCACGCCUCUCACAUAAGCCAGCUCUUUUCCAGAAUCUUCCCGAACAAUCGCAUUCUGUUUACCAACGAUGGUGGAUUGAUCCUAAUGAAUGUUUCAAAAGAAGAUAAUGCUGACUACGAAUGUACUGCAAAUGGAAAACAACUCGUAAAAUAUCGAUUAGUUGUGGAUCAUGAAGAAUGCACACAGCCCCGAUCCGUGCAGGCAUACAAGUCUUGCCAACGUGAGUGGUGCAAAAAGGCCGAUCAAUACAAAGCUGCCCUAGCGGAUUGGCAUGAUGCCAAAAAAAGAAAUGUGUGUUUGAUUUUUUCUCUUUCUUCGUAAUU